AUGGACGUAGAUCUUUUACGUCCAGGCAUGAUACCCAUUGCACCAAACACAAAACUUUGGUUUGAAUUUCUCAUCGAACCAUCUCUCCUCGAAGAACAUUUGAACAAAUCUCAUGCAGAUCCUAGUGCUACAGAACUACUAAUAAAAUUUCUUUAUUCAUCCAUGGAGAGGCCAAAAGACUUGCCACUGAUUGAUAUAGAUGAAUUAAUGGACAGCUCAAGGAUUGACAAAAAACUUGAAUAUCGCAAACGUAAAAAAUAUGAAUGUUUAAAAAUAUUGGCUAUGAAAAUUGUUAGUUUUUGGGAAUGGGACCUAAACAUUUUAGAAACUAGGGUACCAAUUUGUCUUCAGGUUAUAUUUGUUCAAGAUCUUUUAGGUUUAGUAUCAAAUGAUAUUAAUUUAAUUGAGUUUGAGUCUCAUAGUGCGAUUGAAGAUUUAUCACAGCUAAAAGAUGAACAAAUUUUUGCUAUUGCACUAUUUCAUCGAUGGACAUUAACUGUUAUUAUAAAUUAUACACUGUCCAAAAAAUCAUCAUUUACUUUAGGUCCUGUACAAGAUGGAAAUGAAGAUGUUUUAUCAAAAUUAGAAAUGCAAAGUGAACUCAGUGAAAAAAUGUUGUUAAGACUUUUAGAUUUAAAAAGAUCGUCAUAUACAAUACCAACUAUAAAUACAUUUGAUCCUCCUAAUGAGUUAAAACCAUUAUCUUGUCAUUGGUUUAAAGGCCUAACUGUGUCAUCAGCUGAAUUUCUUUCUCAGAUUAUGUAUGAUUAUGCAAAAUAUAAAUUCUUUAAAGCACAAUACGAAGAAGCUGGUAUUUAUUUUAAAAAAUGUAAAGAAUUAAAUAUGAACUUAACAUCAAGUUCUUUCUAUAAAAUAAAAUUAGAAGAGUUAAAUGGAUUCUGUGCAGCCUGUUCAUCUGAAAUAACAGAAAAUUCUAGUUUAUUAAUGCAAUUUUUGUACUCCACUCAAACUAACUAUAAUGGAAUUCUCAGAAUUUUAGAAACUGAUAACCAGAUUAUGGAGAUUCCAAUGUUUUUAAGAGAUUCGUUGGAACUUGAUUUGGCUUCCAUGUUAUCCUUAGGGAAAUUCACUGCAUCAAGAGAUAUGUUACUUCAUAUACAUACAUUGAAUGCUAUUCGAAGAGCAUCAGUAACUUCUGGAGAAAUUGUGUUGUUACCUCCUGAAGAUUAUGUUACUAAAAUUAAAUUCAAUCUGAGAGGUCCGGAUAUAUUUUUAAAGGAUUUAAAACUUUGUAUGCAGAUUAAAGAUAAAAAAUUUAGAAAAAACAUAAAGAUGUUUGUAUGUAAUGUUUUAUUAAAAUGUCCUAAGAACUUGGUAAAAGAUAUCUUAAAAGAUGAUCACGAAGAAAUACGUGAAUUAUUUGGCGAUGAAGAUAUACACCAAUUAUUAAUGUUACCCGAAGAUAUACCGACUGUUAACAUUGAUAUGUCUAAACGUUUGAAUCGAUUAAAAAUCACUCAAAUAAAUAAUACAAAUGUACAAAAAUUAUUAUUAAAAAACAAAAUAAGCAUUGAAUAUGAUUCAAGCAACUUACGUAAUUUGCUUCAACAAUUACACAAAAUGGAUAUGGAUCCAAUGUUUAGUAUUUUAGAUAUUAAUUAUGAAUGGCAAGUUCCAUUACCUUUGCAAAGUUUAUUAAUAGGAUUACCUAAUGGGUUAUUUAAAUAUUUGGUUAUUAUACUAAUAGCCAAAUCAAAAGAAAUGAUAAAGUUAAAUGACUUUGAAAGAGCAAAAUUGUUACUACGAGAAGCUGAAACAGAAACAAAAAUUAAUAAUAACAUUAUGUACUCUAAAAUUAGACAACUGAUUUUAUGGGAAGGAUUGUAUACUGAAAUGCUUCAGUUUCAACAUGAGUUCAAAAAUUUUGCCAUUGGAGAUCUGGUAGAUCGCUGUAAGCAAUGCCUAGAAUUUGUACAAAAUGAUAAUCUAAUACCUCGUCAAGAAAUUGCUGAGCAAUGUAUAUUAACUCUAUUAAAUGUCGGUGAAUGGGAAUAUUUGACAAAAAGGCAUUAUAAUUGCUUUAAAUUACCAUUAGCUAUUGCUUAUACUUGUCUUGAUGUUAAUAAAUUUAAAGGCACUAAAAAAAGUGCCAAAGAAGUAUGGGAUUUAAUUCUUCCGGUGUUUGAUUAUGGUUAUUCUGCUACUAACAAAAGACCUUUAGAUGGUGAUCCUCAAUGUACUCAAAAUCGAGUUUUAAGUCAAAGUGACAUGAUGCGUGUAUUUUUGAGUUUAAGAGACCAAAAUGCCAUUCAAAUAGUUCUUUCAUUAUUAGCAAAAAUUCAAAAUUUUCUUAGAGAUGAAUCUGCAAUGGAACUUAUUAUGCCUUUUCUGAAUAUUUGGCCAGUUAUUCCCAAUGGUAUGAAUAUUCCUCUUAGAAAUAUAACAGAAGUAUUAGGAAUUGUAUUAACCGAAUCACUUAAGUAUCAUCCAAAUCAUAUAAUUUUAUUGAAACUAAAAGGCGAUCUGCAAUACGUUAUGGGCCACUACAGUUCUGCAAUGAAAUGGUAUUUGGAAGCUAUUGUUAUAGUCAGCGAUUACUUUGCACGGCCAGUUUUAAAGCCAAUGAUAGAAGAUUAUGUUUAUAAAAGAAUGAUGAAGUGUUGCAUGCAAAUGCAAAAUUUUACCCAGGCAGCAAUAUUAUGUCUGUUUCAAGAAGAAAUAGAUUAUGCAACUGCAUAUAAAUGUGCUUCUGAGACAAAUUCGUGUGAUGCUUUAGAUGAAUAUUAUGAUUACAUAUGGGAUAUAAAUUUGUUGGAAUUUUUAAUAUAUUGGCAUACUAAAUUAAAUCAUCAGGAACACAGACAAAAACUUUUGAAAACAAUUGGUGCGUUGGAGUUAAAUGCAAAUAAUAAUGAAGAAAUUAAAAGAGAAGCAGCCAACAUAAGAAAACUAAAAUUCUUAAGAGCACUAUCACAGCAAUAUGUACAUCCGUAAAAAAAAUAACUGAAAGACUAUCUACAAUAAUUAUACAUACAAUGAUUUUAUACAUUUAAAUUUCUAAAAAA